AUGGGGCGGCGUUCCAAUCAAGAUCGCGAUUUCGAACUCCAUCGGCGAUGGGUUGCCAAGAAGGCCUGGGUCAUCUGCAAAACAUUACUCAAGCUUCAUCUCUACGCUUGGAUGAUUAUACUGUUGUGGCCCAAUGUAUCCAAGGUAUGUGAGUCCGCGGAGGGAUGGCUGGAUUGUCGACGUUGCGGGGUCUUGCCUCAAAGCGAAGUCCAUGAAAAGAAUUCGCCGGGCAUUAAAUUAGCAUGGCCGCAUGAUCAGCCUCCCAAAGUUUCGAUGGACUUGUAUAACAUAGCGCUUGCGCCGAAUCGAGUUCGCUAUCGGAUUGAGGUCUUGAAGGAGCAGCGGCACAAGAUGCUUCUGAAUCAGAAUGCUCCUUACGGGCCUCAGAGCGGUCUCUUGGAUCUGAUUUCAUCCGUGAUCGAUGUUGGAGAUGGUCCCUUAGACGACCUAGAGGCGUUGGGGUUCUCAUUAUGUGACUUUGCCGAUGAAGCUGGUGAGAUUGCCGAACGCCUGAUGGGUUUAAACAAGAACCAUCACACCAAGCUCAGUCGAUGGUCGCUCUUUCUGACGUCGCAUCUACAUGCUUUCAGAGCUCUUGACAAGUUCUUCAAUUGGCCGUUACCACCCUACUUGAAGUACCGGCUGUAUGACUGGGAGGCUAAAAGUGACUUGGCUUACGGGUAUGGGACACUUACCAAACAAUCCAUGGCCCACAGUGUAUUGGUCCGAGAAGGCUUCCUGAAUCAGAAGUGGAAGGAUUUUCCACAGGAAAUAGCCAACAUGGGUCCAAGACUUGAGGCCUUGCUAACAAAAGAGCAACAUCGCUUCAGUAGCCCCCGCUUGAGCGCAUGGGAUCGUGAAAUACGCGAGUUGCAUGCUGACCUGUCCAAAGGCCACGACUGGGACGAAAUCAGAAGGCACCCUGCUGAUGUACAACGAUUGGUCGAGGUUGUUCAAAAAUUCAGACCUCAAGACGAGGAUGGCAGCAGAGUUUCGCGUCGUGAAGCGGCAAAGUACCUGAAAUCAGAGUAUGACCGUGACAAUGGCUUGAGCUUCGGUGCAGCGGUCAAGCAACUCAAAUAUCUUCAAUCACAAAGGAACGGAUAG